AUGCAUUUCACUCACGCAAUUUUAUCCCUCGCCUUCGCUGUGGCACCCCUAUCCGCAGCUCCUGUUGAAGAUGCCGGCGUGGCACAGGGACCCGGCUUGUUCGCCCGGGUGGAAUACGUGAACUGCUUGCCCGCCAAAAACCAGUCGCCGCAGAAGAAUGGAUUCAAGGUCUCCGUUGACAAUGCUAAGAAUGAAGCUGGGGUAGCCAAGUUCCAGACCAAAACCAAGAGUGGAGACCCACACCGAUAUCAAAACACCGACAAGCUCAACUGGGGCGUUAGCGACUGCGACGAUGCCAACAGCGAGUUAUGGGAGUAUCCUGUAUUCUGGGAAGGUGCCAACCAGAAGACAUGGAGAAUCAAUGACAAGACUAAGAAUCAGGACAAGACGCCGAUUCGCGUUGUCUACGCCAACAACAACGGCAACGUCGUUUACUGCGGUAUCAUGACCCACAGCGAGGUCGACUCGAACUACCAGGGUAAAGGCUAUUUCCAGAAGUGUUAA